ACGUCGUUUGUCCCUACCCGGCAAACCCCUUCUCCGUUUUUGAAAAUUGAAUUCAUUUCCCUGGUUCUGCUUUCUCCAGGAAAAUAAAAACACCCCCCAACCAACAAAAAUAAAGAUAAAAAUAAAAACACAAACAAAAAGCUUGAACCAGUUGAGGAGAGAGAAGAGAGAUAACUGAAGAAGAGUAAACACUUUCUCUCUCUAACAGUGGCUAAUAAGACAGAGAAGAUUAUCUCCGAUUGUUGGAGCAGAACGACAGAAUUCUAGGGUUUUGAGCAUGGUCUGAAGCUGAAAAUGGCGGACAGAAAUCGAUGGAGUUGGGAUGUUAAAGGAUUCGAGCCAAAGAAAACUGCGUCGUUUGAGGUGUCCGAUCAUCAGACUAAACCAUUGUCUCGAAGAUACUCGAUUUCGUCUUCGAUUUUGCCGCCUUCUGAGCUGUCAAAGCAUGCUGUGGUCUCCAAAGUUAAGAAACUUGAAGAUAAACUCAAGUUUGCGAGAGAAGACUAUGCAGUCUUGAGACAGGAGGCCUGUGAUCUCCAGGAGUAUUCUAAUGCUAAGCUUGACCGAAUAACGCGGUAUGUGGGAGCACUUGCUGAUAAAACCCGUAAGCUCGAUCAGGCUGCCCUUGAAGCUGAGGCAAGAAUUACUCCUUUGAUAAGCGAGAAGAAAAGGUUAUUCAAUGACUUAUUGACAGCCAAAGGAAAUAUAAAGUUAUUCUGUCGUACGAGACCACUAUUUGAAAAUGAAGGCUUGUCUGUUGUUGAAUUUCCUGAUGAAAAUACUGUCCGAGUUAAUACUGACGACGAGACAUUGACCAAUCCUAAAAAGGAUUUUGAGCUUGACCGGGUGUACGGUCCUCAUGUUGGACAAUCUGAAGUCUUCACCGAUGUUCAACCAUUUGUACAGUCUGCAUUGGAUGGCUAUAAUGUAUCUGUAUUUGCUUAUGGGCAAACUCAUUCCGGGAAGACUUAUACUAUGGAAGGAUCUAGCCAUGAUCGUGGUUUAUAUGUUCGAUGUUUCGAAGAACUAUUUGAUUUAUCUAACUCAGAGAACACUUCUGUUUCACGAUUCAGUUUUACUGUCACUGUUGUUGAGCUUCACAAUGAGCAGGUGAAGGAUUUGCUUGCAGCAUCUGGAAAGAGUUCACUGAAAGUACACAUGGGAUCACCAGGUUCAUUUAUAGAACUUGUGUCAGAGAAAGUUGAUAAUCCACUGGAGUUCUCCGGAGUACUUAAAGCAGCUCUGCAAAGCCGGGGCCCUGAUGCACUGAAGUUUAACGUUUCUCAUCUGAUUGUGACCAUACAUAUAUAUUAUAACAAUGCUAUUACCGGAGAGAAUUUAUACAGCAAACUUUCACUGGUUGACUUAGCUGGAAGUGAGUGCUUGACUACAGAUAAUGAGUCUGGCGAACGUGUUACCGAACAACUUCAUGUUAUGCAUUCCCUAUCAGCAUUGGGAGAUGUUUUGUCGUCUUUGACAUCAAAGAAAGACGAUGUCCCAUAUGAAAAUUCACUUCUUACCAAAUUCCUUGCUGAUUCAAUAGGUGGAAGCUCCAAAACCUUGAUGAUUGUCAAUAUAUGUCCAGAUGUUUCUAAUUUGCCCGAAACUUUAUCAUCCCUUAACUUCUCUUCCAGAGCCCGAAGUGCCGUUUUGAGCCUUGGAAAUAGAGAUACGAUAAAGAAAUGGAAAGAUAUUGCAAAUGAUGCACGUAAAGAGCUCUAUGAAAAAGAAAAGGAAAUUCUUGAUCUGAAGCAAGAGGUUAUGAGUUUACAGCUAACUCUGAACGAAGCAAAUGACCAGUGUGUACUCCUUUUUAACGAAGUUCAGAAGGCUUGGAAAGUUUCAUUUACUUUACAGUCACAUUUGAAGUCGGAAAAUAUUAUGCUUGCUGACAAGCAUAAGAUUGAGAAAGACCAGAACGCACAACUACGGAAUCAAGUUGCUCAAUUAUUGCAAGUAGAACAAGAACAAAAGUUGCAAAUACAAGAAAGAGAUUCAACAAUUCAAAACCUACAGGCUAAAAUUGAAAGCUUAGAACAGCAACAACAAAAUGAGGCCCCUCGUUCGACUGAAAGUAGACCAGGGAGUGUGCCUGAAUCAGAUAUUAAGGUUACGGAGGAUAAUGUGGAUUCUUCGGCUGUUACAAAGAAGCUUGAAGAAGAGCUCCUGAAACGGGAUGCCUUGAUUGAGAGGUUGCAUGAGGAAAAUGAGAAAUUAUUUGACAAAUUAACUGGAAAAGCUGCAUCAGUUGGAUCCUCCCAGGUGUCAAGUCCACUAUCUAAACGAGAAUCAAAUGUCCAGACCCAAGACUUGACCAGGAGCAAUGCCAGUAACAAUACCGGACAUUCUGCUCAGGGAGUUUCUGGGUCAACAGCUGGUGGUAAGAGGGAAAUGGCAGUUGCUUUGGUCAAGCCUGGGAAUGAGUUAGCAAAAACCACCCCUGCUGGAGAAUAUCUUACUGCCGCCUUGAAUGACUUUGAUCCUGACCAGUAUGAGGGCCUGGCUGCUAUUUCAGAUGGUGCUAAUAAACUUUUGAUGCUGGUUCUUGCAGCUGUUAUAAAAGCUGGUGCCUCUAGAGAGCAUGAGAUACUUGCAGAAAUUAGAGAUGCUGUCUUCUCAUUUAUCCGUAAAAUGGAGCCGAAGAGGGUGAUGGAUACUAUGCUUGUAUCUCGUGUAAGAAUAUUGUAUAUAAGAUCUUUGAUUGCAAGAUCUCCAGAGCUGCAAUCUAUCAAGGUUGCUCCAGUUGAGCGAUUCCUAGAGAGAGCCACUAAUGGCAGAAGUAGGAGCUCCAGUCGUGCAAGCAGCCCUGGAAGGUCUCCUGCUUAUGAUUUGAGCCCUAGGAAUUCUCUGGUUGAGGGGCAAAUUCAAGGCUUUAGAGUGAAUUUAAAGCAGGAAAAGAAGUCCAAGUUUUCUUCUGUGGUUUUGAAGCUGCGGGGCAUUGAUGAGGAAACUUGGAGGCAACAUGUAACUGGUGGAAAACUCCGGGAGAUAACAGAGGAGGCGAAAACCUUUGCUGUUGGGAAUAAGUCUCUUGCUGCUCUCUUUGUUCAUACACCAGCUGGAGAGUUACAGCGUCAAAUUAGAUCAUGGCUGGCUGAGAACUUUGAGUUUCUUUCAGUCACAAGUGAUGAUGCUAUAGCUGGUACUACUGGCCAGUUGGAGCUCCUCUCAACGGCAAUCAUGGAUGGUUGGAUGGCUGGACUUGGUGCUGCUCUGCCUCCCAGUACUGAUGCUCUUGGUCAACUUCUAUCUGAGUAUACAAAACGAGUUUACACAUCUCAGCUGCAGCAUUUAAAGGAUAUUGCUGCCACUUUGGCUAUGGAAGCGGCAGAAGAUCCAACUACAGUGGCAAAGUUACGUUCUGCUCUUGAAUCUGUUGAUCAUAAGAGACGGAAGAUAUUGCAACAAAUGAAAGGUGAAUCGCCUCUACUGACAUUGGAAGGUGGUGGCUUGCCAAUACCUAAUCCAAAUACUGCAGCUGAAGAUGCUAGACUUGCAUCUCUCAUUUCCCUUGAUGGCAUAUUGACGCAAAUCAAGGAUAUUACAAGACAAGCCUCGAUAAACUCCUUGAGUAAAAACAAGAAAAGAGCAAUGCUUGAUUCUUUGGAUGAACUUGCUGAACAAAUGCCCUCACUUCUUGAGAUUGAUCAUCCAUGUGCACAGAGGCAAAUUGCUGAGGCUCGCAUAAUCGUAGAGUCUGCCGCUGAAGAAGAUGAUCGUUUCCAAUCUUCUCAUGUUCAAAAACCAUCGUCAGAUUUCGGUCACGCUGCUGAAACUGAUGUAUCGCAGUGGAACGUUCUACAAUUCAAUACCGGGUCCGCAACCCCAUUUAUUAUCAAAUGUGGAGCCAACUCAAGUUCGGAAUUGGUGGUUAAAGCGGAUGCUAAGGUCCAGGAACCUAAAGGCGGUGAAAUAGUGAGAGUUGUUCCAAGACCAACUGUUCUGGAAAAUAUGAAUUUGGAGGAGAUGAAACAUGUAUUCUCUGAACUACCGGAGGCUCUUAGUUUGCUUGCCUUAGCAAGAACUGCUGAUGGGACACGAGCUCGGUAUUCCCGACUGUAUAGAACUCUGGCAAUGAAAGUUCCUGCCCUGAGAGAUCUUGUCAGUGAGUUGGAAAAAGGGGGUGUUUUGAAAGAUAUGAAGUGAUGAUGCAAAUGCAAUGAAUGCCAUUACUUCGUAUGUAUUGUUAUAAGUCAUCUUCCUUUCUUAUUUAUGUACCCUUGUUUGUAUAUUAUUUAGGGGAUUCUUUUUGUGACACCACUGAAUUAUGUGUAAAUUUUGUACGAUUCUUCGUUGUCAAUGAAAUCCCCGUCAAUGAGAUUAUUCAAGAACUGUUUCUAGGCUCUAGACAGUUAUAAGAUUCAUUUGUUUUCGUAUACAGACUUUUUCUUUUGGAUCAUCCUCUGUACUUUCUUCUUUCUCCUGAAUUUGAAUUUUUACAAUA